AUGUCUUCUUACCAAACUCUCCCACUUUUCCUUGCCUUCGCUGCCUCUUCUUUCGGUGCUGCUUCGGCCAGUCCGGCACGCUCGCACCUUGCAUCUCGACAAGAGUGCGAUACGUAUACCCUCAAUGGUACACCUGGCGGCUUCACGAUGAGGAACUUCACCGACUUCACUACCGCCACCGCUGGAGGUAAUCUUACGGCAUUCCUUGGCAACAACUCAAUGCAUGUUAGCGAUUACUCCGUCCCCAACGACCCGCUCAACCACACAUUCACCCCCGCCAACGCCGCACUAUCUACCGUCGAUGGCUUCACCGUGUUGGACUUGAAAGUAUCUGCGUAUACUUCUGGGAACGUGAUAUGCGCCGCGGUCGGCACGGACUCUGUUUCGAUUGAGUACGCCAGCGUAAGGACUAUGCUCAAGUCCAGUCCCGUUGAGGGUAUUGUCGAGGGAAACUUCUUCUAUCUCAACAAUUAUCAAGAAAUCGACUUCGAGAUUCUGACCACGACCGCCUUAAAAUCCAGCCCGAAUGUUUCUAUGGGGAUUUGGGCAACGAACCAGGCCACUACUGAAGGAGGCAACAAGACAUACGAGAUCAUCCCCUUCUCGUUUGAUCCUUCUGAAGAUUUCCACGAGUAUCGUAUCGACUGGACAUCUGCUGCUUCAACAUUCUUCAUUGAUGGGAACCAGGUGGCAAGCCUGACUGACAACCUCCCUACGAACCCAGGCGGCUGGAUCUGGAACGUCUGGAGCAACGGCAACCCUACGUGGUCCGCAGGUCCCCCGACCGAGGAUACCCACACCUACAUCAAGACGAUUGACAUGUACACAGGAUAUACGGACACGGUGAACGGGACGGCUUGUAGCAUCUGACAGACUUCCGCAGCCGCUGGACUUGAUUCAGCGAACUCUUUCUUGUGGACAUUCGGACCAUUGUUAUCGUUGCUCGUUAUUAUGCUCUGACUUGCUUGAUCCAGCGGACAUCUCCUUAUGACCAUUCGGACUAUCGUUACCGUCGCUCGUUAUCAUGUUCUCACUUGCCUUUGUAAAACCGAUAAAUUCUGUGAUAUUUAUCGCAAAAUGAUGUAGCCCAGUAUUGUAGCACUCUGUGACCUUAAAAAAUUA